AGUCUCUCCCCACCUCCACCUUGCAUUUAUAUUCUUCUGUAGUAUGCCAAGCUGAGCACAAGCCCCCCAAACCGUUCUGCAGCCACAGACAAAAAUGGAGGAGAGUUUGUUAUUCCCAAGAGGCAAAGAUCAAGCAGAGCAAAGAAAAGAGUCAUGGGGUUUGUUUUUCGAAGAAGUCAAGAGGUUGGGUUGCUUAGCCGGACCUAUGGUUGCUGUCUUGCUAUCCCAGUACAUGGUGCAGGUUGUUUCGAUGAUGAUGGUUGGUCACCUUGGUGAGCUUGCUCUCUCCAGCACUGCCUUGGCCAUAUCCUUUUCCGGGGUCACCGGCUUUAGUGUUCUUCUAGGAAUGGCCAGUGCACUUGAAACUUUAUGUGGGCAAGCGUAUGGAGCUGAGCAAUAUCAGAAACUUGGACUUCAAACUUACACCGCCAUAUUUUCUCUCACCUUAGUUUGUCUUCCUUUGUCUUUGAUAUGGAUAUAUAUGGCGGAUAUACUGAUGUUCAUGGGCCAAGACCCUGUAAUUUCACAUGAAGCUGGCAAAUUCACAAUCUGGCUUCUUCCUGCUUUGGUUUCUUAUGCAACUCUCCAGCCACUCAAUAGAUACUUUCAGACUCAAAGUCUAGUAACUCCUAUGCUCAUGAGCUCUUUGGUGACUAUUUUGUUCCAUAUUCCUCUCUGUUGGGCUCUAGUAUUCAAGUCUGGACUGGAUAGCCUUGGAGGGGCAUUAGCAAUGAGUAUUUCCUACUGGUUCAAUGCGAUUGUACUUGGAUUGUUCAUGAAGUUUUCUUCUGCCUGUUCGAAAACCAGAGUUUCAAUUUCUAUGGAGCUAUUCCAUGGAAUGAGAGAGUUCUUUCGUUUUGCCAUCCCUUCUGCUGUAAUGAUAUGCCUUGAGUGGUGGUCAUUUGAGCUGCUUAUCUUGCUGUCCGGGAUUUUACCAAACCCAGCUCUUGAAACUUCAGUUCUGUCUGUAUGUCUCCAGACCAUUGCGACACUCUAUUCAAUACCAUACGGGUUUGGUGCUGCAGCAAGCACUAGAGUUUCAAAUGAACUAGGUGCUGGCAACCCAAAAGGUGCUCGUAUGGCUACGUGUGCUGCGAUGUUUCUUGCACUCACAGAGACAACUAUAAUAACCACAACCCUCUUUGCCUGCCGCAAUCUGUUUGGCUAUAUUUUUAGUAAUGAGAGAGAUGUCGUCGAUUACGUCACAACCAUGGCUCCUCUAGUUUGUCUCUCUGUUAUACUAGACAGUUUUCAAGGGGUCCUUUCAGGUAUUGCUAGAGGAUGUGGGUGGCAGCAUAUAGGGGCUUACGUAAACCUUGCAGCAUUUUAUUUAUGUGGGAUUCCUGUUGCUGCUACAUUAGCUUUCUGGGUUCAACUAAGAGGAAGGGGUCUUUGGAUUGGAAUACAAGUUGGAGCUUUUGUGCAAACCACUCUGCUUGCUAUUGUAACAACUUGUACAAACUGGGAAAAGCAGGCAAGUAAGGCAAGGGAGAGGAUAUUUGAGGCAAGCUAUGUAGAAGCUAAUGGAUUGUUGAACUAAUCGAGCAGAGAUUAAUCAGUUUUGAUGAGCUUAAUUCUCUUUAAUCAUAGUACUAAAGGAGAAAUUACUUGCUUCUAGUUAUGAGGCUGACAGCAUUGCUGCACAGCACAUAAUGAGCACCAGAAUGUGCCAGAGAGCGUCCACUGCAAGAUCUGGCCCCGAACAGCGCCUCACCUUUGGAGUUCUGAAAGUCUGAAAUGGACUUUUAUCAUGAUAAAUCGAUGUGGAAAAUGGAAAGUUAACUGUCGAGUUGGAUACAUUCUGCAAAUUUUAUCUUGAACUUUACAUAUGCAAUACUAGUCAACAUUUCAUAACUGGUUUAUUUUUCUAA